AUGGAAGUCAAAACCCGCUCUCGAAACGGGUGCUUUACCUGUCGACGGAGGAAAAAGAAGUGCGACGAGUCGCUCUACCCAGAUUGCAAGAACUGCAAAGCCAACGGGCUAAUAUGUACAUGGCCAGACCAUGUAGUGGAGCUUCAUAAGGAGGCAGAGUUGCUGGAAGAGAUCGUGGAGACAUUUUCUCCAAAGCUGGAGGUCAGAAUGGUACCACUGCCCAAACCUCUACGGCCAUACAUGGAGAGCUAUCCCAGUGUAAUUCACACAGAUGAUGACGAUUAUCAGUCACCAGGGCGGCGGCAUUCUGUGGCGGGCCGAAUAUCCAAGCCGGAAAAGAAAGGAAGAAACUACUUUUUGGAGAGAAUAGCCAUGCAACAAGAUUGCGUGGACGAUCGAUAUGAAGACGAGAGUACAUCGAAGACCACACAAAGUGGAGAAAAGAAAAAUGACAUCAAGAGUAGGAUAGCACAACAACUUGAUGUCGCAGGUACGGGGACAUAG